AUGACCACAUCAAUUGACUCCCGCAUUUCCAAAAUACACCCAUUUUACCAUGUAUUCCUCCUCUACAUCGAACCCAUCCUGGCCCUCUCUGGCGCCUACCUAGCCUACUUCCAACCCUACAAAUUCAUCCACGACACCGCCCCCUCUUCCCUUUCCAAACCCUUUGUUUCCCUCUCCUCAACCCUUACUCCGGAUCCCGUUAUCCAAUUACUCACCACUGAUAUCGCUGCUCUCUACGUCCUAUUCACAAUCAAUGAAGCGGUGGUCUUGAGACUCACUCGCGACUAUUCCGUGUGGAAUACUGUGGUGUCUGCUAUGUUGCUGUGUGAUGUAGGUCAUUUUUGGGGAAUCUACGAGGCGGAUCCAGUUGUACUUUUGAACGUUGGGGGAUGGUCGGCGGAGGAGUUAAUUAAUAUCGGGAUUCUCGGGUUUGGGUUGGUGUUGAGAAUUGCAUUUUUAUUGGGGCUCGGGAAUAGGAAGUAG